AUGGAUCUUCAUAUGGUGUUCAUAGAUCUUGAAAAGGCUUAUGACAAAGUUCGAAGGGAUAUUCUCUGGAGGUGUCUGGAGGCUAAAGGUGUCCUGAUGGUGUAUAUUAGGGUGAUAAAGGACAUAUAUGAUGGAGCCAAAACUCGGGUUAGGAUGGUGGGAGGUGACUCAGAGAAUUUUUCUGUGGAGAUAGGACUUCAUCAGGGAUAUGUACUGAGUCCUUUCCUUUUUGCCUUGGUGAUGGAUAAGCUGGCACGAUGUAUUCAGGAGGAGUUUUCAUGGUGUAUGCUAUUUGUUGACAACAUAGUUUUGGUUGAUGAGAUCGGGAUAGAGUUAAUGAUAGGUUGGAGUGUUGCGAUGGACAAAGAGGGAAUGAUAGUGAGGCUUGCCACUCAACCUAUCUCCAAGAUAGAAAGCUUUAAAUAUCUUAGAUCCAUCAUCCAGAGAAAUGAGGACAUCAAUGAGGAUGUCACGCAUCACAUUGGGGCAGCAUGGAUGAAAUUGAGGCCUGCCUCUAGAGUCCUGUGUGAUAAGAAGGUCAUAGCAGCAUUGGAGGUACUGAAGAGGCACAAAAAGGCAAUUGGGUGGCAAAUGACCUAUCUUCAUGGCAUCAGCCCUGCUUUAUGCAUGCAUAGAAUUUUCAUGGAAGAAGGACAUAAGGCUAGUGCAUAA